AUGAGUUCUAUGAACUCCCGCUUCAAGAGCCUUGGCUUCGGAAAACGCAAGUCCACCGCAAGCAUACAGACCCCGGAAGGUCUAACACCGAGCCCAACCCCUCCUCCAGGUCAAAUACCGCAGCCUCCUCAGCAGCUACGCCCUGCCUCGAUCGCCCCAUCGUCUUCGACGACGAGUCUUCCGAUGAAUCACCCGGGCCCCGGCAACCGUCCGCCUAGCUAUACUGCAAACUUCCCUGGCCAAGCUCCUCUUGGUCGAACCAGUCCUCUCACUCAACAACCUAACCGCACUCCUCCUACUCAAAUGGUCGGCGGUCCUCCUCCGAUCAACACCGGAGCCCCCAUGGGCUACCCUCCCGGUAUGGCUCCUAUGGGCCAAGGUCCUCCUCCGAUGGGAGGUCCUCCCGGGUUCGGACAACAACCACCACCUCCUCAAGGAUACCCUCCUCCCGGUCCCCCAGGCGGACCCAUGAACCAGCAGUUUCAGCGACCAGGCCCUGCCGCCGAGGUUGAGGGUGCCAGCAAGAGCAAGGCUCAGCUGAUUGUUGGAAUCGAUUUUGGUACUACAUUUUCUGGUGUCGCCUUUGCAUUUGCGACCAACAACGAGGCCAAGGAAGAUAUUAUCACCGAAUGGCCCGGUGCCGGUUCUUACACAAAGCAAAAGAUUCCUACGGUUCUUUACUACGACCAAUACCAAAAGGUGGUAGGAUGGGGACCUGAUAUUGCUGACGCCCUCGCCCCUACCGGUUAUCCCAAGCCCGGUGUGCAAAAGGUCGAGUGGUUCAAGUUGCAACUGAUGCUGAGCGGUAACACAUACAUUGACCCCAUCAACCUCCCUCCUCUGCCCCCAGGAAAGUCCGAGAUCGAUGUCGCCGCCGAUUACCUUUUCAAGCUUCGACAGGCUAUGCGGUCAGCCCUGCAGAAGGCAUUGGGUGAAGUCUUUAACCGAGAAGAGCGCAAUAUCCGAUACUACCUCACUGUCCCUGCCAUUUGGAACGAUGCUGGAAAGGCCGCCACCCGAGCCGCUGCUAUUCAGGCCGGUUUCCUCCGUGACGAGAACGACAACCGUCUGACUCUCGUCUCAGAACCUGAGGCUGCUGCUUUGUUCUGCUCCAAGACCGGUCUUCUGGAUCUCAAGGUGCACGACGCCGUUCUGAUUGUGGAUUGUGGCGGUGGUACUGUCGAUUUGAUUGCGUACGAAGUCGAGGAGGAAAACCCAUUCACUGUCGCCGAGUGUACAGCUGGUUCUGGCGACUCAUGUGGUUCAACAGCCCUGAACCGUAACUUCAGCAACAUUCUCCGCACCAAGAUCCGCAAAAUGAAGUUGCCUGAUGGCUCCAAGACGGCCGGCCGAGUCUACGCCAAGUGUAUCAUGGACUUUGAGAACCGAAUCAAGGCUGACUUCCGAAACAACGGUCAAAAGUGGGCUGUUGAUGUCGGUAUCGAGGCCGAGUUCCCUGAGGCCGGCAUUGAGGAGGGUUACAUGACCUUCACCAACGAGGAGAUCCUUCAGUGCUUCGAGCCUGUUGUCAACCGUAUUCUGGAGCUUGUCAGAAACCAGAUUAUCGCUAUUCAGGCUCAGAACCGUACUCUUCAGAACAUUUUGGUUGUCGGUGGUUUCGGUGCCUCUGAAUACCUCUUCCAGCAAAUCAAGCUCCACGUUCCUCCCCAGUUCCAGUCCAAGGUUGUUCGACCUAUGGACUCCGUUGCCGCCAUUGUGAAGGGAGCUGUCACUGCUGGUAUCACAGAGCGAAUCGUCACCCACCGUGUUGCCCGUCGACACUACCUCAUGGCUACUCUUCAGCCUUUCAAGGAGGGCUACCACCCCGAGGCCUACCGUGUACCCUCUCUUGAUGGAAAGGAUCGCUGCAAGUUCACCCGCCAGAUCUUCGUCCAGAAGGGCCAAAAGGUCAAGAACGGCGAACCCGUCAAGGUCUCCUUCUUCCGACAAGUGGCCCCAGGUGCUACCCUCAUGUACGAAGAUGUCCUGUAUGCCUGUGACGAUGACGUCUGCCCUGAAUAUACCAAGGAUCCCCGCAUUAAGGAAGUCGUUACCCUUACUUCAGAUUUGUCCCGCAAGAACCUGGAGAAGGACUUUGAACGCAUGGAUACCCCUCAAGGCACAUUUUACCGCGUUUACUUCGAUAUUUACCUGACGCUGGAUGGUUCAGAAUUCAGCGCCGAGCUGGUUUGCCAAGGCGAGGUCAUGGGUCGCUGCCGCUCUCGCUUCAGAUAA